GAAGAAGAAGAAAAAGAAGAAGAAGAAGAAGAAGAAGAAGAAGAAGAAAAGAAGAGGAAACUUCUGUUCACUUUUACUGAAACUUUCACUUUUCAUCGCUGUGGAUAAAAGUUGGGAUUAGUGUGAAGUUGUCAAAUCAGAGGCCCAUUCAAAGGGGCUUAACUGUCAUUGAGGCUUGGAGCUUCUCUCAAGCUGUGACUUAGAGGAUCCCCAGGGAGUAUUGGGCUAAUCUCAUGUUCAUUAGCUACCACGUAUGUGAAUUUUAAUUGCACAGUUUAUAGGCCUCUGCAUCACUAUGUUUUUCUGUAUACCUUCCUCGCUGUAUCAUUGGACUUUUGAACAGAGGACUUUAUACUAAGAUAUCACAUUUCCUUCUCUCUGGACCUGUGAAACGCUUGUAGAAGCAUUUUACGGUCAAAGGGUCCAGUAGGAGGUGAUGAGCACUGCGGAGAACUGGUGGCUGGGCUUGUGGAAGUGGAAGACAGUGGCAGAGAACAAUGCCAAGUCAUUGGCAGGAAUUGUGGAGGCACUGCAGUGAAGACCUCGGUAAUCAUGGAAUCGCCUUGCUGAUCCUCAGCACCUGUCCGCCCCGCUGAGCUGAGAGAAAGUGGGUCGAGGAGGAGGAGGAGAGGCCACCAUGAAGCUAAAGCAGCGUGUCGUGCUGUUAGCAAUACUCCUCGUCAUCUUCAUCUUCACCAAAGUUUUCCUGAUCGACAACCUAGAUACAUCAGCGGCCAACCGAGAGGACCAGAGGGCCUUUCACCGAAUGAUGACUGGCUUGCGGGUGGAGCUGCUGCCCAAGUUGGACCACACCCUGCAGUCUCCUUGGGAGAUUGCGGCCCAGUGGGUGGUGCCCCGGGAAGUGUACCCUGAAGAGACACCAGAGCUGGGAGCAGUCCUGCAUGCCAUGGCCACCAAGAAGGUCAUUAAAGCUGAUGUGGGCUAUAAAGGGACACAGCUAAAAGCUUUACUGAUCCUUGAAGGAGGACAGAAAGUUGUCUUCAAACCUAAGCGGUACAGCAGAGACUUUGUGGUAGAAGGGGAGCCGUAUGCUGGUUAUGACAGACACAACGCAGAGGUGGCAGCUUUUCACCUGGACAGGAUUCUGGGUUUCCGCCGAGCUCCCUUGGUGGUUGGCAGAUACAUUAAUCUGAGGACAGAGAUCAAGCCUGUGGCCACAGAGCAGCUGCUGAGCACCUUCCUAACUGUAGGGAAUAACACGUGUUUCUAUGGGAAGUGCUAUUACUGCCGAGAAACAGAGCCAGCCUGUGCUGAUGGAGACAUGAUGGAGGGAGCCAUCACGCUUUGGCUCCCAGAUGUGUGGCCUCUGCAGAAACAUCGACACCCCUGGGGCAGGACCUACCGAGAAGGCAAAUUGGCCAGGUGGGAAUAUGAUGAGAGCUACUGCGAUGCUGUGAAGAAAACGUCCCCUUACGACUCAGGCCCACGCCUCUUGGACAUCAUUGACACUGCUGUCUUCGAUUACUUGAUUGGCAAUGCCGACCGCCACCACUAUGAAAGCUUUCAAGACGAUGAAGGCGCUAGCAUGCUUAUCCUUCUUGAUAAUGCCAAAAGCUUUGGGAAUCCCUCGCUGGAUGAGAGAAGCAUCCUUGCCCCUCUCUAUCAGUGCUGCAUCAUUCGAGUUUCAACCUGGAACAGACUGAACUACCUGAAGAAUGGAGUGCUAAAGUCUGCCUUAAAAUCCGCCAUGGCCCACGACCCCAUCUCCCCAGUGCUCUCUGAUCCACACUUGGACUCUGUGGACCAGCGGCUGCUGAACGUCCUUGUCACCAUCAAGCAGUGCACUGACCAGUUUGGGGUGGACACGGUGCUGGUGGAAGACAGGAUGCCACUCUCCCACUUGUAACUCUGAACAGGAAACAAGUGGGACUGAUUUUUACAAAGAUAAACAGCACAAUCAAUUCCAAGUGGCAUGUGACGGCCGGAAGUGGCCAGCAGCAGGUUCUGGUGUAGAAGACAGGGUGGCCCCGGGCGUGCCCAGUGUUCUCUGCAGUGUCCGCGUGGGAGCUUGUCUCUGGAUUCACCUGACGGCCUCCAAGUUGCCCGUUCAAGCGGCGGGGACCAGCUCCGGUCAGUCUUGUCCCCACACCAAGGGACAAAGAGGUGUGACACUGGCUGAGGAAGUGCGUGUCUGCCGUAAACCUUGCCAUCGUCACCACACCCAUGGAUUCUGUAGACUCACUCUGUAGUCCUUGUGUCUGCAAAAACAAAAGCAAAAACAAGAAAAGGCCGAACUAGUCAGAUUGCAAAUGUUCAGACAAAAGAGCACAGUGCUGGAGGAGACCCAUUUCUAAGAUGGAGGAAGGGAAGGCAGGAGGGUGUUGGGGCUCUUAGCUGUUGAGUGCUAUGGAUUUGACAUCUCAGGGAAGAGAAGAGGGAAGGACUCACGCUGUAGAACCAGGAAGAUGACUGACGUCCUGAAAAUGAGCUUCCCCUGUAUUUAGGUUCUGUUCAAAUUAACCAAAACGGUCUCUAGAGGAAAUACGAUUACAACCCAAGCACGAUCCCCUACAGACACUAAUUUACCCCCUUGCCUACCUUUUGCCCAAAGUAGCAAAACAAGCUGAAAUAAUGUAAGUUA